AUGGUCAGGACCAGGUCGAGGGCUACUAGCCCUGGCCGUCAGGGAAGCAGAGGCGCUUCAAGUGAUCCCCAGCGUGAUCGCCAAUCUGCACCAGUCAUGCAGACGUCAUCCGUUCAGAAUAUGCAAUCCAUGGCGGCUGCAAUGGCGGAAUUGACUCGCCAAAACCAGGAGUUAAGGAUGGAGAUCAGUCAGAGAAGACAGACACGUGAGGAACACGCAGGACAGACACAAGGCCAUGGUGACAAAGAGAAUACUGAGGUUGGAAGCCAGUUUAGAGGCACCACUUCACGGGUAGUGCCACACUUGAAAGAGGAGAUGGACCAAAUGAAGAAAGUCAUGGAGGAGAUGAAGGAGAACAUGAGGAGAACUAAUCCUAUAGAGGAUUUGGUCCACAGAACAGAUUCUCCUUUUACGGCUUCCAUCAAUGGCCACCCCUUACCAUCAAAGUUCAAACUGCCUUCCCUGGACUCGUAUGAUGGGACGCGUGACCCCUUUGAUCACAUUGCAACAUUCAAGACGACAAUGCACCUCCAAGGGGUCCCUGAUGAAAUCAUGUGUCGAGCCUUCCCUACUACCCUUAAAGGCCCGGCACGAGUUUGGUUCAGUAAAAUCCCCCCAAGUUCCGUAAGUUCUUUCGAAGAGUUAAGCAAAUUGUUUGUUAACAAUUUCAUCGGGGGACAGAGGCACAAGCGCUCUUCGUCCAGCUUACUGACCAUAGAACAAGGGGAGAACGAAAGCCUGCGGUCAUUCAUCACUCGCUUCAACAGGGAAGCCCUUGUGGACGAGGUGGACGACAAGCUUCUACUGGCAGCCUUCCACAAUGGGAUUAAUUCGGAUUUAUUUAUCCACAAGCUAUACGAGAAGGAGCCGCAAACCAUGGCCGAGCUCGUGCUCAUGCAAAUCAAAGACGAUCCUUCUUUAAAAUGGCCAGAGAAGAUGAAAGGGGAUCCCAACAAGCGCAAUAAGAACAAAUAUUGUCGCUUUCACAGGGACCAUGGGCAUGACACGGAUGAGUGUUAUGACCUAAAACAGCAAAUUGAGAACCUUAUCAGGCAAGGAAAGUUGAAGCACUUUGUUGGAAGGGAUCGUACAGAUGAGAAGCUGAAAGGCAAAAUGGAGGAAUCAUCCCGGCCCCCACUUGGAGAGAUAAGGAUUAUCGUUGGAGGGAACCUGAUGGGGCGAUCUUCCAAGUCGAAGAAGACGUAUCUCAAAGCGGUACAAAAUGUCCAGCUCUCUGGACGACCACCAAGGACGAGAUUAAUGGACGAGCCAACCAUUUCCUUCACCGAUGAAGAUGCUGAGAGGAUCCAUCACCCGCAUGACGAUGCGAUCGUUAUUACACUGCUCAUUGCAGAUUAUACAACCAGAAGAGUGUUAGUUGAUAAUGGAAGUUCAGCAGACAUAUUGUACUACCCCGCCUUCCAACAGAUGAGGCUUGGACGAGAUCAACUUCGUCCAGUAUGCUCACCGCUGAUAGGAUUUGGAGGAAUGAAGGUGCAGCCCGUGGGUACCAUUACAUUACCAGUGGUGGUAGGGUCAUACCCGCAACAGAUAACCAGGGAAGUCAAUUUCCUUGUGGUAGACUGUACUUCUUCAUACAAUGCCAUCAUCGGAAGACCCACUCUUAAUAGUUGGAAGGCGAUAACCUCAACCUACCAUCUAUCAGUCAAAUUCCCUACGGAGUACGGGAUAGGACAAGCACAAGGAGAUCAGUUGGCAGCUAGAGAAUGCUACUUAGCCAUGAUGGCUUUGGACGAACAGAUGCAGACAAUGAGCAUCGAGGAGAGAAAGUUAUUGCAGAGCCCACGGAAGUGUUGGAAGAUGUUCUUUUGCAAGAAGAUGAUCCUGAGAAAUUUACCAGAAUUGGAACAGCCUAUCCGUCAGAAGAAGAGGGUAUUCGCUCCCGAGAGGGACAAGGCAAUCAAGGAAGAAGUUCAAAAACUGACCACGGCAAAGUUCAUUAAGGAAGUCUAUUACCCGGAUUGGUUAGCCAAUGUGGUGAUGGAUAGUUAUCCUCUGCCGCGCAUUGAUCAAUUGGUGGACUCUACUGCUGGCCAUCAGUUGCUGAGCUUCAUGGAUGCCUUCUCAGGAUAUAAUCAGAUCAAGAUGGAUGAAGUCGAUCAGGAAAAAACUUCCUUCAUUACCAGCCAAGGCUUGUUUUGCUACAAAGUGAUGCCCUUCGGCUUGAAGAACGCAGGGGCAACUUAUCAAAGGUUAGUGAAUCAUAUGUUUCGUACACAAAUAGGACGGAAUGUGGAGGUUUAUGUCGACGACAUGCUUGUGAAGAGCAUAGACGAGGGAAGCCAUCUAGACGACCUACAGGAAACCUUUGAAACACUUCGGCGAUAUAAGAUGAAGUUGAACCCAAGCAAGUGUGCAUUCGGAGUAUCGUCGGGAAAGUUUCUGGGGUUCAUGGUCUCGCAAAGAGGAAUUGAGGCAAAUCCGGACAAGAUCCAGGCUAUAUUGAACAUGGAGCCACCGAAGAAUAUUAAGGAAGUCCAAUCCCUCACAGGACGAGUUGCUGCUUUGAACAAGUUUGUUUCGAAAGCCACAGAUAAGUGUUUACCUUUCUUUAAAGUCCUCAGGAAGGCAUUUGAGUGGACGGACGAAUGCCAAAGGGCCUUCCAAGACCUGAAGGACUAUCUCACAACUGCCCCAUUAUUAAGUCCAUCCGUGCAAGGAGAAGAACUAUACUUAUACUUAGCGGUGUCCCCACACGCCGUAAGUUCAGCUUUAAUCAGAGAAGAGGGAAAAAUACAAAAACCGGUGUACUACACUAGCCGGGCACUCAGAGGAGCAGAGGGAAGAUAUCCGCUCAUGGAGAAAUUGGCUUUUGCACUGAUAACGGCUUCUAGGAAGUUGAGACAUUACUUCCAAGUUCAUGUCAUCAAUGUCAUGACGGACCAUCCGCUUAAGAAGGCAAUGAACAAGCUGGAAGCCGCAGGACGACUGAUUCAAUGGGCAGUUGAACUUAGCGAAUUCGACAUUCGGUACCAACCGAGAAAUGCAAUAAAGGCUCAAGCCCUAGCAGAUUUCAUCGCAGAGUUCACUCCAAGUUACGAAGACCUGGGGGAAGGAGAGUACAACAAAUGGGUCGUCCAUGUAGAUGGAUCAUCUACAUUAUAUGCUGGAGGAAUAGGAGUUGUUUUGCAGUCGCCGGAAGGGGACAAAUUGAAAUACAGGGCCCGUCUGCAAUACCAGACUACUAACAAUGAAGUGGAGUAUGAAGCCCUUUUGAAGGGGUUGGAACUGGCCAAAUCUGUAGAAGCAGACUCAAUACUUGUCAUGGGAGACUCUCAACUGGUCAUAGGCCAAGUCAAUGGAACAUGUGAAGCCAAGGAAGACAGAAUGAAGAAAUACCUAAGGAAGGUAGUACGCCUUGUGAAGAAAUUCAAAAAAGCAGAUUUUGUUCAAGUCCCAAGGGAAGAGAAUGUGGAGGCAGAUACUCUGGCGAAGGAAGCAUCUGCGAAUGAGGCGUUGGACGAUAUAGAUGGUGUAUACUACAUGCCAAGUAUAGACCUUCCAGAACUGAUGCAGAUAGAGGGAGAAGGAAAUUGGAUGACCCCAAUAGUGUCCUACUUAAAGGACGGAAGGCUUCCAGAAGAGAAGGACGAAGCUAGGAAGCUCAGGGUCAAGUCAGCCAGGUAUGUGCUUAUGGACGAGGUGUUAUACAAGAGAGGUUUUUCCCAACCUCUCUUAAGAUGUUUGGCUCCAGACGAAGCAAAUUACAUGUUGAGGGAGGUUCACAAAGGAGCAUGCGGGAACCAUUCGGGAGCCAGAUCACUCGUCCAUAAAGUCAUCCGUAGCGGAUUCUAUUGGCCAACCAUCCAAGCUGAUGCUAAAGCAUAUGUCAAAGUAUAUGAUCAAUGUCAACACUUCAGCAACAUUCCCAGACAACCAGCAGAAUAUCUCACGCCAAUGAUGGCCCCUUGGCCUUUUGCGCAAUGGGGACUAGACAUUUUGGGGCCCUUUCCGACUGGAACUCGGCAAAUGAAAUUUCUGGUGGUGGGAAUAGAUUACUUCACAAAAUGGGUGGAAGCCGAACCCUUAGCCAAAAUUACGCAGCAGAAUGUCAAGAACUUCGUCUGGAAGAACAUUGGAAUUUUGUGA